AUGGACACGUUUAUGGUACAGUGCGCAAGUGUACCGGAUGGGCGGAGCGCUGAAGACGUGGCGGCGCUGUUCGAGCUGCCGCUUGUGGGCAGCCAGCCGCUAGCUCACGCUGUGGCCAACCGGCUCGCGCCUCCAAGCCGGCUGGUGAUCCUCGCGGGUGAGGCGGCGGCAAACUCAGCUGCGGUGGCGAUCUCGAUGCAGCGGGAGAUGCACAAAAGCCGAUCGUCGCUGGCGGAUGAAUCGAUGCCACUGCUGGCUUUGCCGCACGACUCGCCGACUCCCGGCAAGAGCUCGCUCUCGGUCUUCUUCGCCGACGCGCCGUCGCGGAUCGGCGCCGCGCCGCUGGCGACCAGCGCCGUAGCAGAGCAAGGCGACGCGGGGCGGACGCUGUCAGACUCGCUCAUCGCGACCCGCGGAGGGCAUGGGGCGAGCGACGCCACCGAGUGCCUCGUCCUGCAGUCGCCGCCCAAGCACACCGAGUACGUGGUCACGGCGCGGGUGGCCAGGGUUGUGGUGGCUGACGCCCGCGACUUUGUCCUCACUCUCGCGCCGCGGCUGCUCCCACUCGACAUUCUGCUUGCGACGAGCUCAGACGUCACAAUCGUCUCGCGUGGGACGUGUAUCAAGACGCUCGCAGUUGGCGACGGCGUCGCCGGCCGCAUCCGCCUCGACCUCAGCUCGCUGCUCGAUCUCGGCUCGAUCCUCACCCGCACCGACGGGCUCGCCGGUGUCUCGGACGUAACCAUCGAUGUAGAGGCUCCUCCGAGCACUACUCGGCUUGAACUGACGCCGCCGGACCUGCAUGCCGCGCUCCUCCGCGAAAUCGGCCAUACGAGCUCUCUGGUUCGCCUCGACGUCGACGACGUUCUCGUUGAGUACUCGGGCUUUGGCAGCCUUCCUGUGACUGACCCGCUGCACGCCAGCGACCACACUGUGGCGUCUGAGCUCAUUGUCCGAGCCUCGCACGCCCGGUUUGGCGCAACGUCCGCGCGCGAUGGCUACUAUACCGUCGACGAGCUCGACGCCCUCGUGGUCCACGCCAAGCACAUCACCCGCAUGUCUGCCCACAUCUUUGGCCGUCCGCCGCGAGCCACGCCGUCCCCGCCACGGGCUCGUUCACGUUUUACAUAA